UAACCUCCUUUAUUCCUAGCUCCUCCCUCCUUGCCAAGUGACUGGGGUCUAUAUUCUGGGACAGCUUGUCAAGAGGAGGCAUAGAUUCUCUCUUUUUGCUUUGAGUGACAUUUUUCUCUCUGGUGCUGCGUUCCAGUGGUGUGAAGAUCUGAUGUCUGAGUCCAAAGGUACCGUGGUGCUUGCCUACAGUGGUGGCCUGGACACAUCAUGCAUCCUGGUCUGGCUGAAGGAGCAGGGCUAUGAGGUCAUUGCUUACCUGGCCAACAUUGGACAAGAUGAAGACUUUGAAAAAGCAAGGCAGAAAGCUGUCUCCCUGGGAGCCAAAAAGGUUUACAUUGAAGAUAUUAGCAGAGAGUUUGUGGAAGAAUUUAUCUGGCCAGCAGUCCAAGCCAACGCUGUCUAUGAGGACCGAUACCUUCUAGGUACUUCUCUGGCCCGGCCUUGCAUUGCCCGUAAGCAGAUGGAAAUAGCCCAGAAAGAAGGAGCCCAGUAUGUCUCUCAUGGAGCCACUGGAAAGGGUAAUGACCAGAUUCGGUUUGAGCUCACCUAUUAUGCCCUCUGUCCCCAAAUUGAGAUCAUUGCACCAUGGAGAAUGCCGGAAUUCUACACACGCUUUCGAGGUCGGGGAGACUUGAUGGAAUAUGCCAAGAACAAUGGAAUCCCUGUUCCAGUAACACCUUCCAAGCCCUGGAGCAUGGAUGAAAACCUCAUGCACAUCAGCUAUGAGGCUGGGAUCUUGGAGAACCCGAAGAACCAAGCACCCCCCGGGCUCUAUACAAAGACCAGAGAUCCUGCUGUGAGUCCAGACACUCCUGAUAUCUUAGAAAUUGAAUUUAAGAAAGGUGUCCCCAUCAGGGUCACGAACAUGAAGGAUGCGACCACUUGCCAUUCGCCCCUCAAGCUCUUCGUUUACCUGAAUGAAAUUGCUGGCAAGCACGGUGUGGGGCGCAUUGAUAUUGUGGAGAACCGGUUUAUUGGGAUGAAGUCUAGAGGUAUCUACGAGACCCCAGCAGGGACGAUCCUUCACCAUGCACAUUUAGACAUCGAGGCCUUCACCAUGGACCGGGAGGUGCGGAAAGUCAAGCAAGGACUUGCCCUGAAAUUCGCUGAACUGGUAUACAAUGGUUUCUGGUUCAGUCCGGAGUGUGAAUACAUUCGCCGAUGCAUUGACCAAUCCCAGGAACACGUAGAAGGGAAAGUCCAGGUCUCUGUCUUGAAGGGUCAAGUCUACAUUUUGGGAAGGGAGUCAAGCCAUUCCUUGUAUAAUGAGGAACUGGUGAGCAUGGACGUUCAGGGGAAUUACAAACCAUCUGAUGCCACUGGGUUCAUCAACAUCAACUCCUUGAGACUGAAGGAAUAUCAUCGACUCCAGCGCAAGGUCAACUGGAUGCAGAAUUAAUGGCAAUCCAUGGGUCUGUGGACUCAUCCUCUCCUACCCCACCCUUUUAAUGCCCCAUGUGUUGCUACUAAUUGUGGUAAUUGGUGAGCGUUACUCAUCCCCCUGACUCCCAAAGCCCUAAGAUUACAUUGUUCUGCUCUUCAGUGGCAGGUAAAAUGGAUUCAAGAAAAGGUGAUCAGUGGAGGGGAGAGAUGUGCUCCUAUGGAUCUGUGAACAAGAAUGUUAUUAAAAACAUAUCUGCCAUUAUUUCAAAAGUC